CUCAGCGACUCGGAGAGUGCAGAUUCACUCUACAGAAAUAGUUUCAGCCUCAGUGAUGAAAAGCUUAACUCGCCAACUGCAUCUACUCCAAGCUUGCCAUCUCCAUCAGUAACUCUGUGUAGAGCAAAACUUGGAGACACGAAAGAGCUGGAAGACUUCAUUGCUGACCUUGACAGAACACUAGCAAAUAUGUGAAAUGAAUCUUUGGCAUUGUGCUUGCCUAUGAAUGUCCUCUGAAGGAUAAGUGACAUCAGUCACUGAGAACUGCUGCCCUUGUCUGAUAACUUUGCUACCCCAGAUAUUCACCUUCUGAACAUGACCUUAGGAAACUCCUACAAGUAUUUAACUGGCAACAUCGGUUUUGUUACUUUGCAGCAGAUGGAA